CCCCUUCUCCCACAGCACGUAGUCUGCUUGAUUUCACUUUUCAUUUCACACACCCCCCCUCCUCUGUGAUCCACCCAGCCAGCCAGGAGACUCCCCAUUGCACACUGCGAUGCUGGAACACCACCGCUUCUCCAGCUUUCACAUACAAUAAAAGAUAUUGUCCGAUUAUCCACAAAUAUCGCUCGUUUGCACGUAGGCAUACAUCGUGGCUAUAGAGAUGUUCGGUCACGUCUGAUUAUUUUGGAGGGGAUUUCUUUUCUGCACCUGAGAAUAACGAUGCCAAAGCCAGGCACGCUCCGGCUGUGUUGAGACAAGCGCUGGAUAGAAAAGGUGAACUGCAGACAGGCAACAUACACAGCACUGUACUACAACUAGAGGCUUCCAUUUCUGCUGCCAGCAUGGCUGUGAACAUCAUGCCAGCUCCUGCCAUUCGGCCAGGGAAGGAACAACCAUCGCUGCUGGACCAGGAGGACUCUCUGUCGAGCCAAGCCCCCAUCUCUGUGCCAUGCCCACCAGUUGGAGAUGAACCACUCAUCCACAGCAGCAGCAGCAGCAGCCCGGUCAGCACGCAGCCUCGCAGCAAAUCCAAAGGCGAGCUAGUCAUAGUCAUCAACGAGAAGCUGAAGAACAGUGUAGGCAAUGGGAUCCACCCAACGUCCACAGAGAGCACCUCUCCAGUCAUCUGCUCUCCUCCCAGAAGACAACACUCCAUCUCUUACCCCCAUCACAGCAAGAGCAGGAAGGGGAGCAGGGCGAGCUCUAUCGGCUACACCGCCUUCUCGCCAAGGCCGUCAAUUUCUCGCCACUCCAGCAUCGCCACCAACCCGCCCUUGGACCGGACCAAAGUAAAAGACUACCUCUUCCUGUCCGUGCUGGCCUGCUUCUGCCCUGUCUGGCCCAUCAACAUUGUGGGAUUUGUCUACUCCAUCAUGUCCAAGAACAGUCUCGAGCAGGGAAACCUGGACGGCGCUGUGCGUCUGGGACGUGUGGCCAAGAUGCUCUCUCUGGUGUCACUAGUAGGAGGGACGGUCAUUAUCAUCGCCUGCAUUGUCAACCUGGCCAUAAAUGUGAAAACCUGAGUUUCAUCCCAGGAUGAAACUGGAUAAGGCAACUGACCGUACGGCCCGCACCUGCACCACGUCUUUACCACCUAGUCAUUACCUGGAUGUGUGACAAAUAUGCACCCGAUAUACAGUGCUUACUUGUAUUUCUGUAAUCUAUAUAAAUCCCUUUUUGCUAAUGGAAGAAAAUAAAAUAUGCAAAUGCUGCUGCUCUGAGUCAGAGGGGGGUUUGUCUGUUAGAUGGAGAGGAGAGUAGACAAUCUAAUCAGCCUUUUCGUAUUCUGGUCAGACCGAUUCUUGAUAAACUCUUCGAGAAUCCCAUCACCACUCGCAGAACUGACUCAGACAACAUGGACUAGAAAAAGGGGGACCAGUGGAAGUGGUUAUUACAUGAAACAGGAAGAACUGCCUCCCAAGCUUCGGCACCACAUGCAACAAAAUGUCUGCCCAAGUCCAUCCUUCACUGCACCCAAAGACAGGACUCAUCAGAGUUUCAGCUUGCCGUUAAAUCCCCUCGGAUACGUGAAGAGAGGCUCUGGGAUUUGUGGUUGCAUUGGAAUCACAGAGCAGUAAUUCACCUCACAGAGAAGAAACACUUUGGUUCACAGUAUCUCCUCUUGUUUCUGACUCUUCUCUGUGGUUCUCAUGACUCCCGCCCUUACAUCUUGUGUUUGAGAGUGAGCUUAUGGGUGGCAAAAAGAGGAUGAAAAAGAGGCUUACCAAGGACUAGCUGUGGGUGCUAAACUGGCAGGGAUUAUGGAAAGUCUCACACAGAAGGCACAGUCAUCACUGCAAGGAAAAAUGUGUGCCAAACAAAUUGAGAGGGAAAGUUUCUUGCUUUGUAAAGACCUAACUCUAUUAACAGAAUUGUUGUAUAGAGGAAAAUGUUUUUAUUUUUUUUAAUUUUUAUUCUGCUGCAACUUUACUGUAUAUCCGCUCGACACCACUGACCACUGUGAGUCAAAAAAACACCGUAGCAAGACACAUUCAUUUUACAGUGACGCUAAUUAUGCUACAUCAUCUAUAACCUAUCUUUUGAUAAUGUUUGUAAAAGAUCAUUUUGAAAACAGAAUUUCAUAAUGUAAAGCUCUUGAAGUGCUAUGCUGCAGUUGACAGAUGGUGGUAGCAUUCUUUAUGCAUUUUGGCAUCACUAUUUGGUUAACAAAUGAAAUAGCUUGUGAUUGCAGUCAAAGUUGGUGGCUGUAGCCUCCAUCUGCAUCCGCAGGUAGUCUGUACUUUCAAACCAGACAAAGUGUGGCUUCUGUUGUCCCCUAAAUCAGCGAUGAACACCUUAAUUAUGUUGUCACACACAGUAGGUCUUUUGAAUUUGUAAAACAUUGGUUCAAACAUGGUUUUGUGGAUGUGAGAUUUGAAUAGCAGUUCUGUGGAGAACUUUUUAAGUCUGAUUUAUUAAUAUUAUUAUUAUAUCUCCUGCGUAUUCUUAACUAAUCUACCUGUGAUUCUCACUGUGAUCUGAAACAAUUGAUUUUCAUCAACAAUGGAUACAUCUCCUUAUUUACUAUAUCCUGGAUUUUGAAUUGUGUAGAUAAACAUCACAACUCCUUAUGAGUUUACACCUGCUGCAGACAAUUUUCUGUACUGAUUAAAUAAGACCGUUUUUUUCCCUUUGUUAGCACUUAAUAUGUAAAUUAAAUUGUAAUCAACAGUUGAUGUUUUCUGCAGAUAUAACUCUCAAUAUUGUGACAGUUCUCUAACUGAUAUGAGUUAGCAUUAGGUAGUUAGGAUCUAAAGUAUAGGCACACUAACUGACAGUCAUUGUGUUACCAAAAGGCUUCUAUAAUCUUUGUGGUUAUUGGCAUGUUGUGGAUCAUUAUUAAUGUACAAUGAUAAAAGUUGAAAAUUACAAAGAUAAGCUGACUUUGAAUAUUAUACUUCUGCAGCACAUUCAUAAUAAAGACACAAUGCAUGUAA